AAAACCUAACCUGGUCUUGACAUCCUUACAUCUCGUCAGUGAAAAGAAUAAUGUCUCAUCACUCCAUUCUUGGAAUCUCUGGACAUAAGAACUUCAGCUCCUGUUCAAUGGCUUCUCCUAAACAUGGGAGCUCACACCACACAUUCUCUCACUCCACCAAUUCUGGAGUUCAUGGUCAUAAGACAUUGCAUUGCUUUAGCAGCACAAGUGCCCAUGGUGUGGGUUCCAAAGGACACAAGAUUUCAAUGGGAAGCUUUUAUUCUGGGAAAAGUGGACAAGGAUCAGGACAUGGAUCUGGUCAUGGUGGAGGAAUAGGCACUGGAUUUGGAGGCAUCACCUCAGUUACUGUGAACCACGGUCUUCUAGCUCCUCUCAACUUGGAGAUGGACCCAAGUAUUCAGCGAGUAAGGACACAGGAGAAGAAUCAAAUUAGGGGUCUGAAUGACAAAUUUGCUUCUUUUAUUGACAAGGUGAGAUUUUUGGAACAGCAGAACAAGAUGCUGGAGACUAAGUGGGGUUUCUUACAAGAACAGAAGACUGCUCGCUAUCAUAUUGAACCCCUUUUUGAGGCUUUUAUCGGUAAUCUCUCCAGACAGCUGGAGAAUCUGAGUUGUGAGAGAAAUCGUCUGGAAGCAGAAAGAACCAAUAUGGAGCAAACCGUAGAAGAACUAAGGAGAAAAUAUGAAGAGGAAGUUAAUAGACGCACAGCGGCAGAGAAUGAAUUUGUUGGACUAAAGAGGGAUGUAGAUGCAGCUUUUAUGAACAAAUCUGAGUUACAAGCAAAAGCAAGUUCCCUCUCUGAUGAAAUCAAUUUCUUGAGAACACUCUAUGAUGCGGAAAUAGCCCAGCUCCAGGCUCAGAUCUCAGACACCUCAGUGGUUGUGUCCAUGGAUAACAGUCGGGAUCUUGAUCUGAAUGGAAUCAUUGCUGAGGUCAGAGCUCAAUAUGAAGACAUUGCUAACAGAAGUAGAGCUGAGGCGGAAGCCAUGUACCAGUCACGGUUUGAGGAGCUUCGCACAGCUGCAGGAAGGAAUGGGAAUGAUCUGCAGAGCAGCAGAGAUGAGAUCUGUGAAUUGAACAGAUCAAUUCAGAGAUUGAACGGGGAGAUUGACAAUGUGAAAGCUCAGCGCCAUGCACUUGAAUCUGCAAUAAAUGAGGCUGAAGAACGUGGAGAAUCUGCUGUAAAAGAUGCCAAAAACAAACUGUCUGAGCUGGAAGGUGCUCUACAGAAGGCCAAGCAGGACAUGGCUCGCCAACUGCGAGAAUACCAGGAGCUGAUGAAUGUGAAACUGGCUCUGGAUAUCGAGAUCGCCACCUACAGGAAGAUGCUGGAAGGAGAGGAGGGCAGGUUGUCAGCACAUGACUCUGUUAACAUAUCUGUGCUACACUCUAGCACUGGAGGAAAGCAUAGCUCUGGAGGGAGGUCUCACAGUUCUAGCAACCAUCAACACAACGGAGGAUUCAGUGCCAGUGGAAGGAGCUUGAGCCACAUCUCAAAAAGUAAACACAGCACUGGUCAUGGACACCACUGUUAAACUUAAAGUAUAGCAGAGAGAGUAAGAACUAAAAUAAAUGUGUAUAUUUUAGUAAAUGCACCGGCCACAUAUUGCUAAUCUGCUGUUUUCAGUUUGCAAAGGAUAAAAUAUAUUUAAUCUCUUACUCAUCAUUGUAAUUUCUGCAUGUCUUGUAGAUAUGUUAUCAUUUUCUGUAAUGUAGCACUUGAUUAAAAUUAU